AUGAUACAGCUUUGGAUAUUGCCUGCUAAUCAGCCAGAGGGACCGACGCCACUUGCACGUAAGUGGUCCCGAGGAAGGACUCAUCAGAAUGAGGUUCGAAAUAAUUUGACCGUAAUUAGAGAUAUUUUAGACAAUCUACAAUAUGGCCAGUAUCGACAGGGACGUAAUAUGUGGAUGACCGAGGUGCCACUAAUUUUCAGCAUUCAUCGAGAGUGGCACAUGGCUGAUUGUGUGGUAUCUCAACAUACGCGCAUCUUAAUUGUAAAUCCGCAAUCAGUUGUUCGAGAUGGAUAUCAACCAAUCAGAGGAAGAUAUGAAGCAUUGGCAAGAGGACAUGAAAAAAUAUACAGUAGGACUCAAACAGUUGAGAAUGAUGAAACUCAUUCAUUUCAAACAAGAAAAUUUGCAGUUGAAAUGACUAGAUAUGUUAGAGAUUCAAUGAAUGCUGCCCAUUUAGGCAUGUGGUUGAACUUUCAACAACAAUAUCCUCAAUCGUAUGAAUAUCAACCAAAAUCAUCGGUUCAUAGAACCAGUCCACAUAAUAUAGGAGGUAUUCAUAUGCAAGAAGUUAAUACAGAAUUUUUGAUAGCUACUCCUGACACUCCGUAUUAUUCAAUUUUUGACUAUAGUGAAGCAUCGUCAAGUGUGCCCAAUUCUACACAACAAGAAGCUAGCGGUUUUCACACUCCCAAUGUUCCUAUGAAGUUUGAGCAAUUCAGUGGUGCAAAUUUUAAUUUUGGCCAAAAUACACAAUAACGUGAAUUCCAAAACUCACAUUUUCAAGCUGGGAGAUUGAAUUUUUCGACGAUAAUUAAUAUACUCUUUAAAUAAUUUUUUAAGUAAGUUACUUUUAAUAAA